AUGACUUCAGAAGUCUAUCGCUACUACUACAUCCCGUGCAAGGGCGAGCUGAUGGAGGUGGAUCAGAUGGGCGAGGGAUACCUGGGGCAGCCAUAUCUGCAGAACUACCUGCCCCUCGUGCCACACGGCUAUGACGGCUCGUUCUCGGAUGGGUGGCACACGCCAAGUCCGGGCAGCAUGAGAUCGUCCAGUCCGGAGUAUAUUGAUUUAAAUCCGCCACCUCAAUUUGGCCUCCCAUGCAAAACCGCGCCGCCAAUUGAUUCGCUCACGAAAGGGAAGCGGCGAAAUUAUCGAAAGCACCAGCCCGCGAUUAUUUCGGUCACGAAAGACACCGCUGAUGAGGGCGCGAAGAAGAGCGGCGGCGAGAAUCUGGUCGUGGCGGUGUUGGAUGAAUCACCUCUGGCCAUUGAGCAGGAGCUCCUCACCGAGGACAGUGGUGACGAGGCGCUGUUUGACGUGACGGACUACCCAAGCAGCACGGACGGUGUGGAUGGCGGCAAGAAGAGACGUGGGAAGCAAGUGUCACCGGUGGUGAAGCGCAAGAGGCGUCUGGCGGCGAAUGCACGUGAGCGAAAGCGCAUGAGGACACUAAACUCAGCCUUCGACCGGCUGCGACAGUAUUUGCCAUCGCUGGGCAAUGAUCGACAGCUCUCGAAGCACGAGACACUGCAAAUGGCCCAGACGUACAUCACAGCCUUGUGGGAACUGCUCCAGUGAAACAUCCCGGGCGUCCGUGACAUCCGCAUCAGUAUUAAGUCUGGCCAAAUCAAAACAUCAUCCCUGUUGCCAUUCAAAUUGUUAUUCGUACGUUAGUUAACUAUCAAUCGCGUCUAUUUAUUGCCAUAAUUAUAUUAUUUUAUAUUCGCUCGCCAUGACAAGAAUGGAAUCCCUAAGAAUAGUGUUGCUCAACUCUAGUUUGUUAUUUGAAAUAAAUUAUGUUGAAAUGAAAUGUUUUUCGACGAAACACUUUGUAACUGCUAUUGAUAUUUAAAAAUUAUACAAGAAAUUAUAUUGCAUUAUGUAGGUGAAAUUGUGUUAUCGCUCUUCUUUGUGGUCUUCGCCCUUGUCUCCUUGGGAGAAACCGAAUCCUUUUGUUCUCCUCACCACAUUGCGCCAGGUAAAGAAAUUCUCAAAUAGCAGGUCCACUUUUUUCAGUCUGCCGCAUCGUCGUUAUUU